AUGGGUCGUCCUCGCAAGUAUACCACAGAGGAGAGUCGUCUAGAUGCCAUUCGAGCCAAUCGAAAACGCCACUAUGAGAGGCAUCGGGAGACAGUACUCCAGCAGCGUCGACAAAGAUAUCAUGAAGACAAAAGAUUGAACGGCAAGCAGUCACUUCGCAGAGUCGUGAACAUUGCAAAGGAGAAUUCAGGGAAGCCAGCCCGUAUCACAAAAAAGGCAUCUAAUACCCACGAUGUUUCUUCAGCCCUCCAUGAUCUAGAACACGAGCUUCGUGAAAUAGUGCACCCAUCAGAGGCCGAAUACGCCACACAGAUAUACACAGAGGCCAUGGUUGAUAACACUGCAACCACCAUUGACAGGGAGCUUGACAUACUUGAAAUUCUGGCGCAAAAGGCACAGGUGGAAACUAAGAGGAUCUGGGAGAAGGAGGGGUGUGUGCCAGAGUUCGAGGCCAGCCAAAGAUUCUGUCGAAGGGUGCGAGACACCAUUAUGAUAUUGGAGGACAUGCUCGAAUACGCACUCAGUAGUGUCGAUGAGCUUUCGGAGGCAUACGAACAGUGCAAAUUGAUGUUUCAAAACAUGUAG